AUUACAGGUUACAAUUUCUACCAACACCGUCUAGGAUGGAGAAAUCAGGAAGAGGCAGAUCCAGGAGAGACAUACUCAUCUACCAGUGGGCGAGCAAGACACAACAGAGCCCAUAGCUGAAGUUAAUCUCUGAACCAUUGGCAGUCAUCUCAUGGAGGACAUGUGAUAUCUACAGGAGAGAUGGUACCCAUCCCAUUCCAAAGAGAGGUCAGGAAAUUAUAGACCCAUCAGCCUAACUUUGUGCCCAGGAGAGUUAUUGCAUAAAACACAGAAGAAUGAAUAUGCACGUGAAGCCUGGACCUGAACAUGGAGAAACCUCAUUCAAGAGGCUCUGGGAGGCAAAUCUCCACCCCCUGAUGUAGACCCAGCUGCGAACAGCUCUCUCUGCAGAGUUGGAGACUGGCCAGCCACUUGGAGAGAAAGUUGAACCUGUUGAGAAAGCUUGCAUUCCUUGGCUGCCUCUCUAUGUCCAAAUUGCAGUGGAGCCUGACUACCAGCCUGUGAGUACCUGUCUUGGACAAGGACCUUGCUGCCUCCUUCCAUGCAUUUCUCACUUCCAUCCUGGAUCACUGCACUCACUUUCAUUAGAACAAAGUAAUCAUGUUGUCCACAAUUCAGAGAAGGAAUCUAGCAAGCUCAUGUUGAGGUAUAUUCUCAAGACAAGAUACAGUGACUCAUAUCCUUUUCUGGAUAACAUAAUCCAUGGAUAAAGUGGGAAAGAUGUGGAACAAUUUCAAAUACAGGUGCCAGAAUCUCUUCAGUCAUGAAGGUGGAAGCCAAAAUGAAAACACAGUUGUGAACUCCAGUAGUUGUUCAUCUGCUAAAGAGAAAGCUAUCCAGAUAACUGAUUUGGCUCAACAACAACCCAGCAGCCCUUUGAGAGAAAACAUUGCUUUGCAAUUAGGUUUAAGUCCUUCAAAGAAUUCAGCAAGGCGAAACCAAAACUGUGUCACUGAAAUUCCUCAGAUAGUUGAAAUAAGCAUUGAGAAAGAGAACGACUCAUGUGUCACCACAGGAGCUAGACUUGCUCGAAGGGACUCUUAUUCUCGGCAUGCUCCUUGGGGUGGGAAGAAGAAACAUUCCUGCUCUACCAAAACCCAGAGCUCCUUGGAUACUGAAAAAAGAUUUGGUAGAACACGAAGUGGUUUGCAGAGGAGAGAGAGAAGGUAUGGAGUGAGUUCUGUUCAUGAUAUGGAUACCGUGUCAAACAGGACAGUAGGUAGCCGUUCUCUGCGACAGCGUCUACAAGAUACCGUUGGGCUGUGUUUUCCCGUGAGAACUUACAGCAAACAGUCCAAACCUCUGUUUUCUAACAAAAGAAAAAUCCAUCUCUCUGAACUAAUGCUUGAGAAAUGCCCUUUUCCUGCAGGCUCAGAUUUGGCUCAGAAGUGGCAUCUCAUUAAGCAACACACAGCUCCUGUGAGUCCACACUCAACUUUUUUUGAUACAUUUGAUCCUUCCUUGGUUUCUACAGAAGAUGAAGAAGACAGACUCAGAGAGAGACGUAGACUUAGUAUUGAAGAAGGGGUUGACCCCCCUCCCAAUGCCCAAAUACAUACUUUUGAAGCUACAGCACAGGUUAAUCCAUUAUAUAAACUAGGACCAAAGUUAGCCCCUGGUAUGACUGAGCUGACUGGGGACAAAAAUGUGCCACCACCAGGAAAUUGUGACUCAGAAGAGGACACGACAACACUUUGUCUGCAGUCACGCAGGCAGAAGCAGCGUCAGAUGUCUGGAGAGAGUCAUGGCCAUAUCAGCAGGCAAGGGGCUUGGAAAGUACACACUCAGAUUGAUUACAUCCAUUGCCUUGUGCCAGAUUUGCUUCAGAUCACGGGUAACCCAUGUUACUGGGGCGUGAUGGACCGUUAUGAAGCAGAAACACUUCUGGAGGGUAAACCCGAAGGCACUUUUUUGCUCAGGGAUUCUGCGCAGGAGGACUACCUCUUCUCUGUGAGCUUCCGCCGUUAUAACCGAUCCCUACAUGCACGCAUUGAGCAGUGGAAUCACAACUUUAGCUUUGAUGCCCAUGAUCCCUGUGUGUUUCACUCCUCCACUGUUACAGGGCUUCUAGAGCACUACAAAGACCCUAGCUCUUGCAUGUUCUUUGAACCAUUACUUACUGUAUCUCUGAACAGGACUUUUCCUUUUAGUCUGCAGUAUAUCUGCCGGGCAGUAAUCUGCAGGUGCACUACAUAUGAUGGAAUUGAUGACCUUCCUUUACCUUCAAUGUUGCAAGACUUUCUAAAGGAGUAUCACUAUAAACAAAAAGUCAGGGUGCGAUGGUUGGAGCGGGAACCGAUUAAAACAAAGUAAAUGGAAUCCAGAGUCCCCAAUAAGCUUAUAGAAUACGCUUUUUUGUGUGUUACAGUUUAAUUGCAGCAAGCGCACCAGCAACGUCUAGCUUUUUUGCAAUAUCCUAUUUAAGCUCAGUGUUAGUAUCUUGUCAGAUGCUGCCUGCUGUUAAUCAAACUAAAUUGUGAUGCCUCUUGGAAACAAUAAGCAGACACAAUUCUGCACGUUUUUCAUUUAGACCUAAUUAAAAUAUUUUUGCUAAUUUCUAAAUAUUUUGUUUCCCUUUUGUAGCUGUAGUAAUUGGAUGAAGAAACUAUGAGGCAUUUUCCAUGGGGCAUUCAUGCAAUGCUAAUACAGACUUUUAGAGGAGCAUUUUUGCUAAUAUUUGAAGUAUUUUUUUAAAGUAUCUUUUCACAAACUUUCCACUACUCAAAGUACUAAUUUAGCUCAUAAACAUAAAGUUUCCAAGUACUAGUGAAUAAGAGUAUUUUCUUCUGAAAAAUGAAGAGCAGUUCAUUAGAAGGAGGGAUGACCUGCAGUUCAGUAAGAGAUGAAGAUGUUUUGAUGCUAACAAAUGUAUCAUGCUUUUCUCAAUAUAUAAGGUUUCCUAAUCAUGAAGACUUGAAUAUGUCUGCUCAGUACUGUAACUGUUUAAAACACUUGGAGAUUUAAGUGGCAUUGUUAGCAAAAGUAAUACUGUCAUGGACAGUUUAAUACCUUCCAGUGUGACUUAUUAAUAUAAGUGGCAGAACACAGAAUUAGAUUAUUGCCAUGAAAGAAAAGCUUGCAGCUUUUUCUAAAAGAGAAAUCAGUGGCCUGACUACUUGUAAUUUACAAUGGAAGAUAAUGGUGAAGAGAAAAAAUGUUUAAUUAUUUAAAGUUGUUUAAUAUUUUUAUGGAGAAAGUUACCAGUGGUUGAAUUACUAUAAUCAGAAUACAAAACCUGACAGAUAUCUGAAAUAAAUGUCAGGUUUCAAAGGUACUGCUACACUUUAUUUGUAAAUAUUUUUUCCAUUAGCUUUUUAAAAUAUUUUUGAAAUAAUAUGCACUGAUUAUAGUUUCAACAGAUGACUUAGAAACAAAAUUCUAAGUUCUAUUUGCUUAUUUAAUCAGAGAUGGGACUUAAAACAGUUCUGUCUUAGACAUUUUUGCACUAAAAUUUUGUUGGAAUGCUCUGUCCCCUGUUAAUGUUUUGUACCAAUUAUGAGUGCUCCCUAGUUUCUUUACCAGCUGCUACAGUAUGUUAUAACUUACUUCUCUAUGGCGGUGACCUGUGCGAGGUCGGGAACACUUUGGCUGCAAGUACAAUAAACGUUAUUCUUGUAUGCUAUACUAACCCUUCUAUUGAUGUAUUUUUCUGCUUGCUGUGCCUUGUUCUGGCUUUUUGUGCUAAUAAAGUACAGUAUGUUCAGUGUUA